CACAAUUUAAUGUGGCCACCACAUUUAAUUAAGACCAUCUUCAGUUGUUUUGCCUCUUCACUGCAGGAGCUGUGUUGUACCGCAUCCCUCUGACCUGGGGUCAGAAUAAACUCCCGUGGAAGCUCCUUCAUGCGGCACUGAUGCUCCUCGCCCUGGUGCUGUCGAUCGUGGGGCUCUGUGCUGUGUUUGACUUCCACAAUGCCCAAAAGACACCCAACCUCUACUCCAUACACAGCUGGAUCGGAAUCGCAGCAACAGCUCUUUUCGCAAUGCAGUGGGUGGCGGGUAUGGCGGGUUUCCUCCUUCCCUGCUCCCCCAUAUCUUUACGUAAACGCCUGAAACCCAUGCAUGUGUGGUUGGGAGGUAGCAUACUGACGCUCAGCAUCGCUGCCUGCAUCUCUGGCAUCAACGAGAAACUCUUCUUUGUUCUGAAAGGAAUCAAUAUGACUCAGCCAUACUCUGCCCUUCCACCUGAGGCUUUGUUGGGAAAUUCAUUAGGGGUUUUGAUCGUAGCCUUUGGCCUGGUUGUCCUCAAGAUUCUGUCCACCCGAGAAUGGCAGAGACCAGACUCCAGGCCUGAGGAUAUGGCCUACACGCCUUUGCUUCAAGAAGAAAAUGAAUGAAGGGGAACUUCAGAGCUGGUCCCUGAAUUACUGCAAAAUCAGUUCAGCUGUCACAAGUGGCCAAAACAUCUCUGUCCUGAGUGUUGAAGCAGCUGCCUGUAGUGUGUGAGCACUGUCUGUUGGUUUUUAGUUGUAAAUAUUUAUGCGAAAUUAUAUUUAAGAUUGCCUUUCUGCCCAAAGAAUAAAAAAGUAUUUGUCAUCAAA